GUUUUUUAUAAAAAAUUUAUUUAGCUGACUUUUGAAAAAAAUUUAGUUUACAUUCUUUUCUACCGCAAUGCCUACCGAAGAAAUUGAUAUCUCCGUACCAUGUAUAGAACUUUCCUUUAAAAAUGAAGAAGCGCUCUGUAAAGCUUUUGAAGAAUACUGUAACGAAGAACAGCAAAUUUCUGGAGAUAAUUUACCCGAAUUAUUUUUAAAUCUGUUUGGAAAACUUCGCCUCGAGGACAACGAGAAAACAUUGAAAAAAAUUGAAGGCGUGAAACUCGAUUAUGCUCUUUACCGCUCGAUUGUAUUGUCCUACUUAACAGAUAGCAGAAAUUUCCAGUGGGGAGCGUUGACCUCGAAAGGGAACGGCCCGGUAGGCUUCGAUUUGCUCACCGAACAGUUUUCUAAAGAAAUUCGCAAAGAAGGAAUUCAGUAUAAUAUUAUGGUUGUUGGACGGAGUGGCCUGGGAAAGUCCACUUUUAUUAAUACCCUCUUUAAAGGCGAGUUUGCUAGGAAAAGUAGACAUACAACGACUGACGAUCUUUUUGAUGAUUUUGAAGACUAUGACAACGAUGAGGGCAGCGAGGAGGUUACGCCUCGGCCUCCGCAAACCACUUCAAUUCGCUCCGUUGCGCACGUCAUUGAAGAAAAAGGCGUGCGAGUCAAGCUGACCAUCACAGACACUCCAGGGUUUGCCGACCACGUGGACAACUCCGAAUGCUGGGAGCCAAUAGUGGAGUACAUUUGCAACCAAUAUGAAAGUUAUCUUCUAGAGGAAAUCAAACCUGAGCGCAAACCCUACAUCUCUGAUACACGUGUGCACUGCCUUCUGUAUUUUGUGAUGCCUACCGGCCACUGCUUGAAAGCAGUCGAUGUUAAAGCGCUGAAAAGGUUGAGCCGCUUUUGCAAUAUAAUUCCUUUAAUAGCCAAAGCCGACACGUUAACACGCGAUGAACUUGCAGAUUUCAAAAAAAGAAUCAACGAAGAUUUGCGGUACCAUCAAAUUGAAAUUUACCCACUCUAUACAAAAAAUGAAUACAGCAGUGAAGAGCUCGAGAUUAUAAAAGCAGGAAUACCGUACGCCGUGAUUGGCAGUGAUGCUUACGAGGAAGGAAAACUUAUAAGGAAGUGUUCUGCGGGAACGGCCGAAAUUGAAAAUCCAGAGCACUGCGAUUUUGUUUUACUGCGGGAUAUGCUGAUCCGCAACGAAAUGCUUCGGCUUAUAAAAAGCACAAAAGUUUUGUUUUAUGAAUCUUUUCGGAAAAAUUAUUUGCUUCAAAAGCAUUUUAAACUCGGAAGCUAG